AUGGCUACACAUAUUACUUUCUUUUUUCUUUUUAAUGCCAUGUCUAUUGAGGACGUAGCCGACCUGAUUACACAAAUAUUCUUUUCAUGUUUUAAUACUUUGACUACUGAGAACAACGUAAGCAAUCAUAUUACCCAUUAUUAUUCCUUUCUUUUUAAUGCCACGUUCAUUGAGGACGUAGCCGACCUGACAACUCUCAAAUAUUCUUUUCUUUUUUUAAUGCCAUGUUCAUUGAGGAGAACGUACUACCCAAUUCCUUUUCUUUUUUUCAAUGCCAUGUCCAUUGAGGACGUAGCCCACAUGACUUCCUUUUCUUUUUUUAAUACUUUGUCUAUUGAGAACUUCAUUGAGGACGUGGGCCCACUUUGUCUAUUUGAAUGUAAACAAUCAUUACAAAUAUUCUUUCUUUUUAAUGCUACGUUCAUUGAGGACGUAGCCCACCUGGAUCACUCAAAUAUUCUUUUUUCUUUUAAUACACUUUGUCUAUUGAGACGUAGCCCACCUGACUACUCAAAUAUUCUUUUCUUUUUCUUACCAUUGAGGACGGGCCCACCUUCCUUCAAAUAUUUUUUCUUUAUUUCAUGUUCAUUGAGGAUUAGCCCACCUGAUAUUCUUUCUUUUUUUUCUUCCUUCAUUGAGGACCCUCUUGACUUCCUUCAAAUAUUCUUUUUCCUUUAUUUCAUGUUCAUUGAGGACGUGGCCCACCUGACUACUCAAAUAUUCUUUUCUUUUAAUGCUAUGUCAAUUGGAGAGGAUGUAGCCCACCUGACUUCAAAUAUUUUUUUUUUAAUGCCAUGUCAAUUGGAGGAUGUAGCCCACCUUUUUCUUUCAAAUAUUUCUUUCUUUUUAAUAGCCCUUUCUAUUCAAAUAUUCUUUCUUUUUUUCUUUCAUUGGUUCCCUCACAAAUAUUUCUUUUUUUUUGUUUGUUUGUUUGUGAGGACGUAG